AUGAGUACCACUGCAACAGAUCCCUCAGUUCAACCUGGACACGGUGGACAUGGUGGUCAAACACAAACUGGCACUCAACUUCCUGUUCAGCCUGGACAAGGUAGUCAAGGUGGUCAAUCACAAACUAGCUCUCAACUUCCUUGCUCAUCAGCGGAUCCUUCUACAAGUACUACUGCAACGGAUCCCUCAGUUCAGCCUGGUCAAGGUAGUCAAGGUGGUCAAUCACAAACUGGCACUCAGCUUCCUGGCUCAUCAACGGAUCCUUCUACAAGUACUACUGCAACGGAUCCCUCAGUUCAGCCUGGACAAGGUGGUCAAUCACAAACUGGCACUCAACUUCCUGGCUUAUCAACGGAUCCAUCAACGGCAACAAAUCCCUCAGUUCAGCCUGGACAGUGUGGUCAAGGUGGUCAAACACAAACUGGUACUCAACUUCCUGGCUCAUCAACAGAUCCUCCUACAAGUACUACUGCAACGGAUCCCUCAGUACAAGCUAGUCAAGGUGGUCAAGGUGGUCAAUCACAAACUGGCACUCAACUUCCUGGCUCAUCAACGGAUACUUCUACAAGUACUACAGCAACAGAUCCCUCAGUUCAGCCUGGCCAAAAUAGUCAAGGUGGUCAAACACAAACUGACACUCAACUUCCUGGCUCAUCAACAGAUCCUUCAACAAGUACUACUGCAACGGAUCCCUCAAUUCAGCCUGGUCAAAGUGAUCAAGGUGGUCAAACACAAACUGGCACUCAACUUCCUGGCUCAUCAACGGAUCCUUCCACAAGUUCUACUGCAACGAGUUCCUCAGUUCAGCCUGGUCAAGGUAGUCAAGGUGGUCAAUCACAAACUGGCACUCAACUUGCUGGCUCAUCAACAGAUCCUUCCACAAGUUCUACUGCAACGGGUUCCUCAGUUCAGCCUGGACAAGGUGGUCAAGGUGGUCAAUCACAAACUGGCACUCAACUUCCUGGCUCAUCAACUGAUCCUUCCACAAGUUCUACUGCAACGGAUCCCUCAAUUCAGCCUGGUCAAGGUGGUGAAGGUGGUCAAUCACAAACUGACACUCAACCUCCUGGCUCAUCAACGGAUCCUUCUGCAAGCACUCUUGCAACGGAUCCCUCAGUUCAGACUAGUCAAGGAGGUCAAACACAAACUGGCAUUCAACUUCCUGGCUCAUCAACGGAUUCUUCUACAAGUACUACUGCAACGGAUCCCUCAGUUCAGACUAGUCAAGGAGGUCAAACACAAACUGGCACUCAACUUCCUGGCUCAUCAACGGAUUCUUCUACAAGUACUACUGCAACGAGUGCCUCAGUUCAGAAUGGUCAAGGUGGUCAAUCACAAGCUGGCAGUCAUGUUCCCCCCUCACCGGUGCUUACUGAUCCGAUUUCGAAUAGUGAGGAGGAUGAUGAAAGCCUUGAGUCUGACACCCACACGAUCAAACAGAAUAACAUCGAAACUAUGACGCAAAAUAUAUAUUGGGAUGGCAAUAUCGGUGUGGACGAAAAUAGUUCGGAUGAAGAAGCAAAACUUCAAGUGAACCUUUUUAAAGCUUAUGCUAAUCAACAAAAGUCCGUAAAGCUGACAAACUCUAUCAAUAAAAAAUAUUCUAAGGAAGGCGGUGAUAUUAGUUUGUUAAACUCUAAAGAAAUUAUUAAAAUAAAAUUAAAUUCUCCAGCUUCAAAAACACAGCAGGGAAUUUUGAAUAAAAGUGAUUUAGAUUCGUCUGAGAAAUUGGAAAAAAUUGAGUCUGAGAAUAAUCAAAGUUCAACAAGAGAGGAAGAGAAUACUGAAUCUGAACAAAAAGACUUAGUUGACUCUAAAGAACUGAAGAAACUUAUCAAGAAGUAUGUCAAACAUUUGAAAAAUGAAAAGGACUGUGAUGAUGAUGACAUAUAUCCAGAUUAUCUAGAUUGUAAGCGAUAUUAUAGAUGUGUGGAAAAGUCAGAUGAAAUUGAAUUCAAGCAUAUGUAUUGCAGUGGUGAUACGCUAUUCGACAGCAAAACGCUUAAAUGUGUUAAAAACGAUAAAGCCAAAUGCUUUACAAAAUACGAUUUAAUGAAAAAAUUCUCGUAACUGAAACAAAAAUUAAUGUUCUCUUAAUUUUUUUUUUCAAA